UAUGUUUUCCACUGUGCAUCUGACGAAAGCCUAGUUUUGACAGCUCGGCGUUCCUGCGAUCGAAAGAAAUUAAAUCCAGAAUCUACGGUUUACUUAUUUACACGCGCCCCGGACACCUAAGACAUUUCUAGUCAAUGAAGUCUCAGUUAUUUGUGGAAAUUUGUCUUGACAGUGCAGCUGACAACAAAAAAUUGCCGGUGAAAAGUUCUAUUCGGAGAUAAUUUCCAAGUCAGUCGGAGGAAGAAAGCGAUCGAAAUUUUGUGAUAACAAUCCAAUGUAGAGAGUAUCAAAAAUGAGGUUGUUCUGCGCCCCAUUAGUAUUGGCUCUUAUCUGCACAGUCCUGGGCGAACCUCAGGGCCCACCAACGCCUGCACCCAGCGCUGCCGAGGAGCCAUCCCAAUCCAAUCUCCGGAAAUUGCAGAAAGUAGUCCAGCAAUAUGCACAGGCUGAUGAGAGAAUUCUUAGUGAAAAUAUUCUACAAGAAUUGGACGAGCAGAGCAGAAGCAAGGAUUCGGAUGCCCUUUUGACUAGAGGAACGAUUAUAAAGAAGAUGAAGUCAGUGAUCGAUAAAAUAGAAGACACCCAGAGGAACAGGCGGAAGGACACCGAAGAGGAAUCGGAAGCCAACACUUUGUACGAGAAGGCACUGAUGUUAGUAAGUAAGCCCAACACCGAUAAGACGCUUGGCUACAAAAUGCUAAGGGAGGCCGCGGACUUGGGGCACAAAGAAGCUAAAACUGAGUUGGCUUGGGCGCAUUUACUCGGACACUAUAUAAACUUGGACAUUCCUUAUGCAAAGUCGGUUUUCGAGGACAUGGCUAAAUCUGGCAUUCCUGGAGCUCACAUGGGACUAGGAUUCAUGUAUUCCACUGGCAUCGGUGUAAAUGCAAGUCAAGCUAAAGCUCUCGUACACUACACUGUAGCGGCUCUAGCCGAUAAUACAUGGGCACAAAUGGCGCUUGGCUAUAGAUAUUCAUUUGGGAUCACAGUUUCUAGCAAUUGCGAGAAAGCACUUUCCUACUAUCGCCGAGUAGCGAAAAAAGUGGCGUCGCAAGUAAAAUUCUCCGGAGGUCCAUCUGUCCAUCGGGUUCGCCUUUUAGAUGAGACGGAAAAUCCCAGUGGACACGAACGUGAUUUAAUUGAGUAUUAUCAAUUGCUCGCUGAUAAAGGAGAAGUUCAAUCACAAGUCGGUCUGGGCCAAUUAUAUUUUCAAGGUGGUCGGGAGACUCCACAGAGCUAUCAGAAAGCCUUGGAGUAUUUCACGCAAGCAGCGAACUCAGGAAACGCGAUAGGAUACGCCUUUCUAGGAAAGAUAUAUUUUGAUGGGAGCGAAUAUAUCAAAGCAGACAACGGAACUGCUUUCAAGUUCUUCAAAAAAGCAGCAGAAAUGGGAAACCCGAUUGGCCAAAGUGGGUUGGGGAUGAUGUAUCUGUUAGGACGCGGAGUGCCUAAAGACACCACGAAAGCAUUAAGUUACUUUACGCAGGCAGCUGAUCAAGGCUGGGUUGAUGGUCAACUGCAACUGGGCAACAUGUAUUUUACCGGAAAUGGUGUGAAAAUGGAUUUCAAGAUCGCUAUGAAAUACUACCAGCUUGCAUCACAGUCCGGUCAUGUUUUGGCCUACUACAAUUUAGGGCUUAUGCACGCCUUAGGUCUUGGCGUCAUUCCAUCUUGUCCGUCAGCAGUCGAAUUCUUCAAAAAUGUGGCUGAGCGUGGCCGAUGGAGUGAACGUUUAAUGCACGCUUACCAAGACUACAGGCAUUAUCACUUUGACGAGUCCUAUUUGCAAUAUUCUCUCCUUGCCGAAAUGGGGUACGAGGUUGCACAAAGCAAUGCCGCAUUUCUUCUUGACCGAAAUGAAGUCAGUCUAUUCAAUGAAAGGUCAGAGGACCUAAUACGCGCAUUCCAUUAUUGGAAGCUAGCGUCGGCACAGGGAUACUCGGCAGCGCAGGUGAAACUUGGAGACUAUUAUUACUACGGAAUGGGAACUGCCAUAGACUAUGAAACAGCAGCUUCACUCUAUAGAAAAGCAUCAGACCAACAAUUUAACGCGCAGGCAAUGUUUAACCUGGGUUACAUGCAUGAGCAAGGACUCGGGAUGAAGAAAGAUUGGCAUUUAGCGAAACGCUCAUAUGAUUUGGCGGCCCAAACCAAUGCAGACGCUAAAGUACCUGUUGCCUUAGCACUGAUGAAAUUGCAGAUCCUGAAAAAGAUUGAUUCAUUAAAAAAUACACCUUUCAAAUUUGUACUGCAAUUGGACGAGAAUAUCAUGUCGAAUUGGGAUUUGUAUCUAAUUACAAUUCUAACUUUAGUGCUGGGUGCGAUAAUGUACACCAGGCGCCCUAAUCAGCAGCAGGCGAACGCAGACGACGCGAAUCAACAACGCGCUAAUGGCGAACCGGCUCCUGUUCCAAACAAUUAGCUUAAGUAUUUUUCGAUGUUUUAUUUAUACUGUAGAUAAAUUUAAUUUGGUACCUCUGUUGAGCGAAAUAGAGUAUGCACUUAUUAUAUGUAAUGUCAAAUAUGAGAGAAAAAUGAAUGUGAAUUUUUAAAAACCAAA